AUGGGGUUCGAGCUGGAUCGCUUCAACGGGGACGUGGAUCCCGACUUCAAAUGCAACCUGUGCAACAAAGUUUUGGAGGACCCGCUGACCACCCCCUGCGGCCACGUCUUCUGCGCCGGCUGCGUGCUGCCCUGGGUGGUGCAGCAGGGCAGCUGCCCCGUGAACUGCCAGCGCAUCUCCACCAAGGAGCUCAACCACGUCCUGCCCCUCAAGAGCCUCAUCCUCAAGCUGGACAUCAAGUGCGACAACCACGCUCGGGGCUGCGAAGCGGUGGUACCGCUGCAACACCUGGGCGAGCACGCCGAGACCUGCGACUUCUCCCCGGCCAA